AUGCGCGCGGUGAUUGCUGGGUUGAAAGCAAGCAUAUCGAACAACUUUGUCCCCGAUCUCAUUCAUGAGGUUGCGAACCUUUUGCAUCCGCUUUUCAAGGUGGUGGCAGCCAACCAAAAAGGCGUACGUGCAGCGACACUGGCUCACAUGGGGAUAAAGGCUGCGGCAUUUCCCAAUCUGCUGCACCAAGAGACGGAGACCGGGCUGGAUGAGGCGGUCAUGGAAGGUGUGCGACUGCCAACUUUCAUAUCUUUUGCGCCACCGACAAGCACGGGAGAUGGUAAGGGUGCGGCAGAUCGACCCGCGAGUCUACGCAAGACAUGCUCGAAAAGGAGCUGCGAUACUAUUUGGGACAGAAGCUGUCUACGAAAGAAAUCCUGGAAAGCUGUCACUUUCCGAACAAUGACGACAAGGACACUUACGUGUACUUUGACAUACUUGGCUACUGGAAGUCCAGGGCAAGCAAGUCCCCACUGCUCGCAAAAGCUUGCCUCGUUUGUUCUGGCUAUCCCGGCAAGCAGCGCAGAAUGCGAGCGCACCUUUAACACCGCGCGCUUCAUCAAGUCCGUGCUGCGCUCCGCGCUUUCCAGUGACUCCUUGGAAGGCAACGUCGUUCUUCGUGACAAUCCGAACCUUCUCGCGAAGUACCUUGGUGAGAUUAAAGAGUCCGACACCGAACCCGAAUAA